AUGAUUCAAACAACACUGAAGUUCAGUGUAGCCUUUGAGAAGUUGAAAAGUGAGGAUCAAAAGUACACAUAUGCACCGUCUUCGGAUGAGUGGGAGAAGGCUGUGAUCCUUUGUAGGCUGCUGCAGGUCUUUAAGGAUGCAACAGACAUUGUUUCUAGCAGCCAAUAUUCUACUUCAAAUCUCUAUUUCCAUGAAAUGUGGAAGAUCAAGUUAGCUUUGGAGCAAGAGUCCUCAAUUGAAGUUGCUGAAAUCGCCAUGGUGUUAAAGGCAAUGAAGAAGAAAUUCAACAAAUAUUGGAACAAGUCAUAUAGAAAGCGGUGCCCUCUUGUGAAAGUCUACUCAUAUGGGCCCACGAUCAGUGAGACAGGACGAAUCCUCUGGCAUCUGGGUGUGGGGCCCUCAGCGUACGCGUCCGAACCCUCUCCGCCUCUCGAGUCGUCUUCCGUUGAAAGGGAACCGACACAGCAAAAGUGCAAAACCCUCUCCGAUUCCGUCGCCAUUGAGUUCAAUGUCAAUGUUGUUGUGGAAAGUCGGGUGGUGUCGGAGCCCGAGACGAUGCGUGAGAUCCAGGUGCCUCCAUCGGACUUGUCGGAGCAUCUUGGGAAGUUGCUCGAGGGGGAGGGGGCAGAUGUGACGUUCGAGGUGAAAGGGGAGGUCUUCCGCGCGCACAAGGCCGUGCUUCCGAUCAGGUCACCGGUGCUCAAGGCGGAGCUUUGGGGACCGGUAGGGAAGAAGAAUAGGCGCCGCAUAACCGUCGAAGACAUGGAACCUGCUGUUUUCAAGGCGUUGCUUCCUUUCAUCUACACGGACUCACUGCCGGCCAGCGGUGAUCUUGAUGGGGAUGGCAACGACGAAAUAGUUGAACAUUUACUUGUGGCUGCAGAUAGGUACACCAUGGAGAGGAUGAGGUUGACAUGUGAGAGCAUCCUUUGCAGGAGACUUGACGUUGAGAAUGUUGCUGCCACUUUAGCUCUAGCUGACCGGCAUUAUUGUUGCAAACUUAAAGAUGCCUGCAUUCGGUUCAUCAACUCUGGUAACAGAAUUAAGGGUGUUAUGGCAAGCCAAGGAUAUGAGCACCUCAAAAAAACAUGCCCUUCUAUUGUUAUGGAUUUAUUGGAGGAAGCUGCUAAGACUUCAGUGUGCUGA